AUGCAGCAGGUGUUCGCCAUGUGCUCCAUGUUGCUGCAGCGCAACAACGACACUCGGAAGAGGAAGCUCAACAUCAGGCGAUACAAAAGUUUGGAUCCCAGCGACCGUUUGCGCCACGACGCCGCAGAGAAGACACGUCUUCCAGGGCACUUUGAGUUGAAGCCUCAGUUUGUUCACUAUCUGACCUCCAGUCCUUCACCUGACCUCAAGAACACUCCCAGACACAAAGUUUCGUCCCGCUGCAUCCACGGAGUCCAAUGUUCUGCAGGCGCCGGCUGCGUGUGGGCGUCGCAGUGGUGUGACGGAGUGAGGGACUGUCCGCACGGCCAGGAUGAAGAUGGCUGCGUGAGGCUCCAUGGUUCCAACUUCCUGCUCCAAGUCUACAACCAGGAAAGAUGGCGGAGUGUUUGUUCUCACGGUUGGACGCCUGAGCUGUCCAGAGCCAGCUGCCGGGACAUGGGUUACAGCGGGAGCACCAAGGUUCUGGCAGGUUCCAGUGAAGAACUGUCUCAGCCAGGACUCCUCAUGGCCACAUCCCAGACCAACCCCCAUGUACCCCUCGUGCAACAGCUGGCACCUGGUCAGUGUCCAGGUGACACCGUGGUGACGCUGCAAUGUACAGCUUGUGCAGGAGUCAACUCCAGCCAGCCUUCUGGAAGUCAGCAGGCCUCGUUGGGGGCGUGGCCUUGGCAGGUGAGUUUGCAGGUGGCCGGCACCCAUCGCUGCGGAGGAGCCAUCAUAUCCCCAUGGUGGGUCGUCACGGCGGCCCACUGUGCGCUCAUGACCUCCAGCGCUGCAGACUGGUCCGUGUACGCAGGUGUGCUGCGUCCUGAGGACCUUCUCUUCACACCUGCUGCCUCUGUCAGUCUGCUGGUCGUCCAUGAAGACUUUGACGCCAACACUCAGAGGAAUGACAUCGCUUUGAUGAGACUCAGCUCACCUCUCCACUUCUCAGCCUCGAGUCAUGUUGGUCCUGUUUGCCUCCCAAAUGUUGGUCUCAACUUGUCCCUCCCUCUAAUGGGGUGGACUACAGGAUACGGAGGUCCAGGACAUGGAGUGAUGGGGGGCGGACUUGACACAGACGGGUGGUACCUGCUGCAGGCUCAGGUGUUUCUUGAGGGACCGGAAGCGUGCAACACGUCUGCCUCUCACCAAGGAACCAUAUCGGAGGACAUGUUUUGUGGCGCGCGAGCAGAGCCGGCAUCACAAAUGUGCAGGAGCGACAGCGGGGGUCCGCUGGUGUGGCAGAUGGGGGGAGUGUGGUGGCUGCUGGGAGACCACGUUUGGUCAGCAGGCUGCGGGGAGUCCAACAGAGGAGAACUUUACAGCAACGUCACCUUCUUCUUGGACUGGAUCCAUCUUCACAUGAAGAAACAUCUCGCAGACUGAAGACAAGAAGGAGGAGCAAACAUCUUACAAACGCUCUUUUCUGAUGUUGUCACUAAAACUUUAUUUCACUCUUUAGUACAUUUUUUUUGUCAGGUGGAUUUUUUUCAUCAAAUUAUGCUGACUAUUUAUUUUCAUUCCAUUUAUUUCAUCAUUUCAUUUAAUUGACUGGAAGUGUUCUGCCCGAAUGCAGCUAGGAUAGGCUCCAGCUCCCCCCGCAAACCCCGAGAGGGACAAGCAGUAGAAAAUGGAUGGCUGGAUGGAUGACUGGAAGUGGGUUUUGAAGCAACAAAAAUAUCUGCACUGAUUUUUUUGUUAUAUUAAAUUAAAAAUAAACACAUUUUUAUUUAAUGAAAAUGUCAACAUAACUUAAUUUUGUGAGUGAAAUAUGUGUUUAAAAAUUGUCUGU